UGUUACCAGUCAACCCGCGAGGGGCGCCCUUGAUAGAUAAAGGAGGCGGGGAAGCAGCUGCGCGUGCGCUUUAGCGGCAGAGGAGCUCAAAAUGGCGCUAGGGAGGCAAGUGUACAACUUGCUUUUUCGCCGCACCUCCACGUUUGCUCUCACGAUCGUAGUGGGCGCGCUGUUCUUCGAGCGGGUUUUCGACCAGGGCGUAGAUGCUCUGUACGAACGCAUGAACUAUGGGAAGAUGUGGAAGCACAUCAAGCAUAAGUACGAGACUGGUGAAGAAUAAAGUGAGGAGCUGCUGGACUCCCUGUGGGACCUUCUGUGAUCCCUUCAGUACAACCCAUCUUCCCGAUUGCCAGCUGUUCAGAAGGCGUGUGUCCAUCCAUGUGUGUCUAUCUGAGACAGAGUGCAUCUCUCAAGAGUGACAAAGCUACCUGGACUUGGGCUUGUUGCCCUAAAAUGUAGCCUAAUAAAAUGUUUUCAGAUGUGUA